AGCCGCAGCCUCGUCGCCUAGCAACGAAGCGGAAAUGGCGUCAAGGGGUGCCGCGGCAUUCAAACUCCCGGAAGCGGCCUUCAAGAGGCGUUGGCUUCAGGCGGGGAUGUCCCUAUAACCGCUUUGUCAAUGGGCGUCUCUGUAUGAGAGAGGCUCUCCCCCGCCGACUGAGUCCACCAAGUCCUUCCCAGCCUCUUCCAGAUUCGGGAACUCCGAGGUGCUUCGGCGGAGGCCUAAAAAUGACAUCCAAAGCCACCAGCGAGACAAACGUGAGCAAGUGGAGACUAAAGUCCGGAGAUUCCAAAUCUGAAACUGAGUUGCAGAUUUAUAAGAAGGAGAAUGCAGUCCUGAAAAAAUCUUUGGAAGAAAUCAUUAAGAGCAAAAGCAAAAUUACGCCUGAAGAAAGAAAAAGGCUUCUGGAGAAAAUACUUGCCCUUGAAACGGAAAAUGAAAAAUACAAGAGCAGGCUCGGGGAGAAAGAUAAAGAAAUCCAACACAUAAAAGAUGAGGCGAAGAAAAGAAGCAACAGUAAAGAUACUGCCAGCCUACAGAGCCAACUGGAAGAGAAAAUAAAGGAAAUGGCAAAGAAAGAACAGCUACUCACUUCUCUCUCGGAAGAGGUGAACCGCCUGAAAAAUGAGUUCGCUACAAAGCGUUCAGAGCUUGAAAACCGAACUGGAACUGUUCAAGUUUCCCAGGAAACUGGUGCGAGCUGCCCUGGAUCACAAAGAAAUGUGGAUGAAGUUGAAAUGCAGCUCAGAGAUGCUUUGGAGAAAAACCACCAAUGGCUAAUAUAUGAUCAGCAACGAGAGGCCUGUGUUCAGGGACUCUUAGCAAAGAUCUUUGCAUUAGAGCAGCUGUGCAAAACUGUUAUCCAGCAGGAAGCUAAAGAAACUCAGACCGAAGCAGCAGAAACAGACCACAACAUUCCUACUGGUUUGGGCUCAGCCAGAGCUGCUUCCUGUGUGAAACUGCCAAGGGAGCAGCUGACAAGUGGCAUUGAAAGCCUCACUGAACAACAGCAGAUGCAUUAUGAGCAGCUGUUGGUAUCAGCCAGAAAUGAUCUUGAGAUAGAAAGACUUGCUGUAGCCCAGCUGGAUUCUGAACUUAACACACUCAAAAUGAAGCAUGAUGAGAUCCAACGAGAGGUGAUGCACUUAAAUGCAGUGAAGUCAGAACAGCAAGCUGACAUGCAGGCUCUUCAGGAGGAAAACCGCAUCAAAGGAGAGCUAAUAAAGAGACUUACACAUGAAAAUAAAUCAUCCAGAGAAAAGUUUGAAGAAGAAAGGAAAAGGGCAGAAGCUCUUGUGUCUCAGGUUGAAUUGCUUCAUAGAUCUCUCUCAAAGCAGCAAGAGGAACACACCAGGAUAGCAGCUUUAGAACAACAGGUCCAGGCAUGUACAUCAGAUUUUGAGAAUGAAAAAGUUGAUCGCCAGAACUUACAGCACCAGUUGCGUAAGGUCCUUAAGGAGCUGCAUGAGGCAAGAGAGCAGAUGACACAUCUUGAGCCCACAAAGCUCCCAGAACAUGCAAGUAUAGAAGUCCUGCACAAUUUCCAGGCUGCCUUUGAAGACAAGCUGGUAAUACAAGACAAGAGUUCUUUACCAAGACGUUCAAAUCUUCUCAACGAAAGUUUCCUGGAAUGCCCCAAAUGUAAAGCACUAUAUCCUACAAGCCAGCAUAGGGAGUUGUUAGCCCAUAUUGAUUUCUGUGCAGAUUAAAUACAGGUUGAGAUAUGUAGGUGUGUCUUACUGUACCCAGCUUUUUAAACUAAAAAAUGAUGGCUUUUAAAAACAGCUGAUGAAGGCUGCAUUCGGACACCACAUGAAGUAACACUGCACUAACCUGGCUUGUUCCUGGGUUUGUGUGUGUACUUUGCUCCUGCCUUCCCCUUUUCUUGCACAAGGGAGGGUUGAGAAGGCAGGAAUCAAAUGCAUGCAUGAGGCCUGACUGGUUUGUGCAUAAUGCUUGCUUAAUGUCAGCUUCAUGUGGCCUGCAACUCAGACAGAUUAUAAAAGACUACAGUUUCACAUAUGAAAUAAUAUAAAGCAUGAUUUUUUAAUUUAAAACUGGUCUUAGGAAUGAUCCCAAAGGCAGGUAUAGUAUCUUAUAUUCUUAACUACUGAUUGUAUUUGCACUAUGUACAGACAAGUAGAAAUGACUUGACUUAUUUUGCAUGGCCAAACAAUGCCUGUUUUAAUCUGACAAUAUAUCUGGUUUUAUUUGGCUGGAAUAUUCUAUAACUGCUUCGACCUUCCUCCAAAACAUUUCACUAUUUUAACAUCUUGAGAUGGUUAAACAUUUGCAGGAAAUGUGUCGGCUGAUUGCUCUGGAGGGUGUGUGGUCCAUUCUAAGCCACAAGAGAAUGGGUGCUGACAGUCAGGCCAAGCAGAAAACAUAAGAGAGAAGCCCAUUUUCCAACUUCCUUUAAAUGCUUUUUCUGCGUGCAUAGAAACAGUGAGCCCAAACAAACACACUCCUUGCUUAGUAUUCUGGUAUCCCAAAGCUAAAAGCAAGGAAUGUAAUAGAUCUGGGAACCUGUUUUUUUUUUAAAAAAUUCUUCAUAAACAAUAAAAAAGAAUUAGUUUUGCCAGCAUGUCUACCUGUAUUUUUAAAAAUAGCUACUAAAGGGUAAAAAAAUGACA